ACACGCGGAGAUUACACCACAACUUUAUCUCUCGGACAACUGUCACCAGUUCCUACCGAGUCGCAGCCAAUAAACAGACUAAACUGGAAAUAAAUAGGCAGCUGGCACAAGAAUAAUCCCUCGGGGCUGUUUUCACAGGCCAAAUCGAUAUGAGAGGAAAGUGUGGGUGCGAAGGACAAAAUGAACAAAUCAGUGGAGAAACUACAGCUGGUGGAAACUGAAUUCCAGGCUCUUCUCAGUGGCAUCGGGGGUAAAGAAAACGUACUGCUUAUUGGAGAGUUGUGGGAGAAACAACCCAGCAAGGAGCUACUAUUCUGCUUAAUAAAUAAAGUGUUCUCCAACAGUAAGCACCCCGAUACAGACUCGAUACCAGAUGACCACAGAAAACAGAACAAGUACACUAAGGAAAGUUACAGCUCGAAACUCGGCUGCCGCAAAACAGAUGAAAGUUGUACAAAAGAUGAUGUAAGUGAAACGCAGCAACUCGCCACCGCCGGAGGUAUGGAAGAGUGCAACGGGACCCCCAUCCUGCUCUGCAGUCCUGGGUAUGAAACAAACGCACGGCAAACCACAUGUAAGCAGCGUGCGGACAUUAUCAGGUCACAGACAACUAGAGAUAUCACAUCCCCGCUUAUUGUGUUUAUCUUCAGGCAGGAUUCCAUAAUAAGCCUCAGAAGGGCUGACCAAAGCAGAAUAAAAGCCAUCCUGAAGGACGUGCGUCAGAGAAUCUGCUCCGGCACUCAACCAGCGCUUGUUGGUGUGGUAGUUCCGUCGGUAGCCAAGGUCGAGGGUUCCGUAAACGAGGAAACAGCCCAACGACGACUAGACACUCUCCUGCGAGCGGUGUUCCGUAGAGUGGACAGCAGAACUGUACAGGUGACGUGCUUCAUCCCAGGGCAGCCGGAGACAGAAGUACAGACUAAGGAAUGUGUUGCGAGGGCUGCUAGAGCGUACAUGCAGGAAGCCAAUGCAAUACAAAAGAAUAGCAAUACUACAAGAAUAUGGUGCUUCCCAUGGGUGAAAAGGAAGAAAAAGAGCCACUGUAAUCAACCAGAGAGAGCUGCAGAAGACACAGAGGAAGCCAUUUGUUUAAGAAGACAGUCGCUUGAUGAAUUCCGCACUGGAGAGAUUGGACAAGGCAUUAACAAGCUCAGGGACUGAAACAUGGAAUUAGAUAAGUCAGCUAUUUGAACCAUGUAACUGUGGAAGAAGUAACUUAAGAAAUACAGAUUUUCUGAGGGACUGUAUUUCUGCAGACAGAACACUCUAACAAAGCUGCAUUAUUUAAGAAAGUUUUGACCAUUUCAUGUAGUUCUCUGGGAUUAAUUAGAAAAAUGAUUGUUUGGGAAUAAACUACUGGAACAGAGCAGAAGUGCAUUGUACCAGGAGCCAAAUAAAUUUUGAGUUGCAAAUGUUGAUUUUGUGCUUUAGCUGCAUGUUACAUUCCUUAUGUUUUGAGUUGAUGUCUUGUCACAACCUGAAACAUGGUACCUUUGUAUUUUAGUUGAUAAUGUCACUCCCACUGCAUUUUUCUAUAUGGAGUGAGCAGGAUGAAGUAGUCUGUUCAUGCUGUAUGCAUAGUGACAUGUUUAUAUGGAUUAGCAAUUUAUAGAUUCUGCUUUCUGUCAUGCCUGUUAAUUUGUUCAGGUUUAGUAAAAGACUUCUGGAUUAAUCUUAUGGUUGUUACCGGUGUCAGUCAACAGUGCCUUGUCAAAAGUGCAGUCACCCCAUAAUGGGUGUUCAUUUUAAGAUAGACUUCUGAUCAAAGCUGGUGUUAAAGUGCAUUUCCAUAUUUCUAAGUUUAGAUCAGUCACAUUCCAGUGUAAUAUUUCAAAUCAGUAUUACAGAGCACUGCUGUUUCUUUUAUUUUGCUGUUUUAGAAGCAACAUUUACCAUUAUACUGUAAAACGAACAGUGAAUAAAUUAUGCUGUUUUACUUUUGCAAUUACAUAAAAAUGCAUUACCAGUAUUUAGUUGUAGUUAUAGUGCUUUGCAGUUCUGUCAUCUGUGUGCCACACCUAUAUAUUAAUAGUGUGUAGGUACAGUCAAAUGUGAAAUGUCAGGUAUAGUUAAAAGAAAUUUCACCAAUGCUUUUUAAAAUCAAAAGGGUUCACAAAAAUGUAUUAUUUUUGCUUUAUUUGCAGUUGUACUCUGUGAUACCAUCAUACAAUAUUUAUUAAAUAAUUGGGAAAAUAAACAUUUGGAAGAAAUAUUUAUUAACAUAGUACAGUAUGUUAAGAAUCCAGAAACAUGAAACAAAUGUGAGCUUGAGUAAAAAAAAUCUUAUACUGGCCAGGUGUUAAAUCUGAAAGGUAUUCUCUCACAAAAAUUCCUUAAACAAAAGGCAUAAGUGCAGUAUGAUGCUUUUUUUCUACCAUAACUUAACAUUUCCUUUCUUCGAACAUCAUUUUUUUUUUUUUUCAUAAAAUCCAAUUCAUGUCAAGACACAUAACUUUGUUUGCAAUAUGACACACUGAAAUUGUAUAGCAAUAUCUAGUUGUUUAUUUAUAAUCUGUAAUCCAGUCUUAAUAAAUGAGUAACAAAUAAGUGAUUCAAAUUAUAGUACCUUCUAAUCCUCUUGAAUUGAAUUUUUGUCCUUUCCUUGUUGCAACAUUUUCAAGCAGAAGCAGUAUGAAACUAAACAGUUUAGAUAAAUGAACAACUGAAAAGAAGAAAAUGUUAAGAUUCCGAACUAUUCCGUGUCAAGUUGUUGCAUUGCAGUAUCACUGUCAAAAAGUACUAGGAACCCAACUGUUUAUCUCUGGUCAGCUGAUCAGCACUCUAAAUGCUAUCAUUAAAAGAUCACUGGAUCAGUAUGAACAAUCAACAGAAAAUCUACAGCCUGUAAACUGCUCAAACACAAAUUAACUAGUAAAACAGCCUUGAAGCAAAAUCUAAAAUAUGUCAUUUGUAGUGGGAGGGGGCUAAGACCUUUUACAGUUAUCAUGUGAGGGGGGGAAUUCACCAAAUCACCUCUUUACUUAAAUUUAUUAACUGUUAAGAAAACACUGUCAUGGAGCAAGGCAAAGAUACCUGUUAUGGUGAAUAUAGUAAAUGCACACGCUGUGAUCUUGGAGGUUAUUUAUUUUCAGUUUGUUGAGCAGUUUAUCCCAUUAGGUAUAUGUCCUCUUUUCAGGGGAAAUCUGAAGUGGUAUUCAUGCAUACUGUGAGAAAUUAUAACCAAGGAAUUUCACUUAUUCUUUGCCGUGCAAUAUUUAUAUCCAAAGAGCUGCCAUAAACUUAGGCAGAUGGGAAAUCAUUUUAACAUAUAAUCCAAAGGAAAGCAACCUUUCCACCCAUACUGCAGUGCACUGUCAGUAUAUGAAAAUGAGGCUAGCCACCUAUUGGGGGAAUAGAACAGCUUUGUUAUGUUCCAGCUCCAAAGGUAAGCAUGCAGUUCAGGAAUAUUAAUGGCAAACAAAGCCUGGAAAUGAACAUAUCAUGGCAUAUGAAACAAAUGUGAUGAUUAAAAAAUGUUGUCAAGUGUUAUUUGUGAUAAACAAUUAGAUAUUGACCUUCCCUAGGAUUCAGAAGGGCUUACUGUGGUGCAAAAUCUUUAUCUCCGAAGUUUUAUACAUCACAGUAAGCUUUUCUCAUUCAUAAACACCUACACUUGUAUGGAUUUCCUUCGCAUGGGGCCUUUGGCCUGCUCCUGUUCUUGAAUCAUAUGUCUGACCAAUGGCCUCCCAGUGUACUUAUUUUUAGGGAUUUGUUUAAAUGUUGAUGUAAAUGUAUUUCAUGUUGUAUAUUAGAAGAAUUGUCUUCAUACUUGUAUAUUACUUAAAUUCCUGGAUUUUGUUUCAUCUGUAUGUUAGAAUUUAUUUUAUUGCUUAACUUUGGCAUGUAAAAGAUAAGAAGGCUGUGAGUUCUAUUCUCACAUCAGGUUCCUUUUGCUUGGCUUCAUUUUAUGUUGGAGAUUCUCCCCAGGCCUCCCCUGAAAAGGGUUUCUAAACUAACCUGAAUGAUACAAACCCUGUAAAUAAAAACACAGUAAAUUCA